AUGGCUGGGCUCAGCCUAGCAGUUGCAAUGAGCCAGAUGAUCUGGAUGGAGUCCCUGCAGUGCAUGCUCUAUCUCUGCUCACCUUUGCUUCGCACUUUGCAUGAACUGGAGGAGCGACAGAUGCAUAUUGCAGACAUUGCACCUCAUGAUGUGACCAGGGAUUUGAUUCUUCUCAAUCAGCAGCGACUGGCAGAGAUGGAGCUUUCUAACCAGCUGGAGAGGAAGAAGGAAGAACUGCGGAUACUGUCGAAGCACCUGGAGGAAGAGAAGAAAAAGACUGAAGCUCUGCUCUAUGCCAUGCUUCCUCAGCACGUGGCCAACCAGCUGAAAGAGGGGAAGCGCGUUGAGGCAGGAGAGUUCAAGGAGUGCACUAUAUUGUUCAGCGAUGUUGUGACCUUUACCAACAUUUGUGCCCAAUGUGAGCCUAUUCAGAUAGUUCUCAUGUUAAAUUCAAUGUACCUGCGAUUUGACAGACUGACCACAGUGCAUGAUGUGUACAAGGUGGAGACAAUUGGAGACGCCUAUAUGGUAGUAGGUGGGGUCCCUGUUCCUGUACCCACUCAUGCUGAGAGAGUUGCUAACUUUGCCUUGGGGAUGAUAAUAGCAGCUAAAGGAGUACAGAACCCAGUUUCUGGAAAUCCUAUCCAAAUUAGAGUUGGGAUCCAUACAGGUCCUGUCUUGGCCGGAGUUGUUGGAGAAAAGAUGCCUCGUUAUUGCUUGUUUGGAGACACGGUGAAUAUAGCUUCCCGGAUGGAGAGUCAUGGUGUCCCAAGUAAAAUUCAUCUAAGUUCCAGUGCCUAUCAAUGCCUAAAAUACAAGAAUUUUGAGAUGACUGAAAGAGGAGAAAUAGAAGUAAAAGGCAAAGGGAAAAUGCGCACAUACUUCCUCAUUAGAAAUAAAACUGCAACUGAGAAUGAGAUUAUGGGAAGGCCAAUGAAAGACUUAGAUUCUGGUCAUGAAUCUGUUCAGUCCUUUCAAGAAGGCAGGACUGAGACAAUACCAAGUUGUCAUCAGCCAGUCACUCAGACUCAGCCAGAGAAGGACCAGAGCCCAGCCAUUGCAAUGAAGUAUAUUGAUGGUCCUACCGAUGCACAAAACAGCCUCAGAAGAAGAAAUCAAGCAAAAAUUGCAGAUUUAACAGGCAAAACUCACGAUUCCAGAAGUGAUGGGAGUCGCCAUGGCAACCAGCAUGCAGAUGAUGGUCCUUGUCCUCUAAACCAGGGAAGAGUCAAACCUGCUACUGAAGAGCCACAGAUUAGAAAUGUUCGCUCUAAUUUUUGCACUUUACUCUAA